AUGGCCAAUGCUGGACCAGGAGGACCACAUCUAUCCAAACCAGCACCAGCCCCAGUACAGGGGAGGCAACCAGGCAUUGGAACAGCAACAGGCCCACCAGCACCUACUGCGACCAAAAUGGAUCCUGCGCCUCCAUUGAGCGGAAUAGGAUCUAAAGCAAUGACGGGGCCAUCGGCACCACAGCCAGCUAAAAUAGCAACACCUCCUCUAACAGGCAUUGGCUCCAAAGCACCUCCGGUCGGCAUCGGCAGUAAACCUGGAGGUAUCGGUGGUGCUGCUGCAGGACAGCCCCCAGCUGAGGGAGACAAUGUCCUGUCUAAAAUUCUGCAAGGAGGGGCAGCGGAGCAGGCUGGAAAACUAGGGGAUGCUCUGUCUGGCCUUGGAAAGAAGUUCACUUCACUGUGGUGA